CUUUUUGAUGACGCCAGAGGACGGUGCGAUCUCUGUAGCAUAGGUUCACGUGGUUACGUGUCUAUCGAUCUAAAAAUUGUAAUUCCUUUUCGUGUUAAAAUAUUAUACGUAUGAUAAUGAUUUCCUUUAGAAAAAGAAUAUUAACUUCGGUAUUCAGGCACAACUGCAGAUGUUUCUCCAUAUCGCGAAACACACAGGCAGAGAAAAAAGGCUUGGUCCUUGGCGUGUAUGAAAAAGAAAAAGAAGAUGAAAAUUCGCGGUUCACAGAGGCUGCAGAUGGCUUUGACAGAUCGCUCUCUGGAAGGCUGAGAGAGCUGCUAUCGACAUCUGGACCACCUCUCAAAAAAGGAAAAAGCCGAGUAUUUUAUGGAAUUCACGAGGAAUUCCCCAGUGUGGUUGUUGUAGGGCUCGGUAAAAAUGCUCCAGGAAUAUGCGAUAAGGAAAACUGCGACAUCUCCAAAGAGAAUAUUCGAGCUGCUGUUUCAGCUGGCUGCAGGGUUCUGCAGGACCUGGAAGUCCCCCUGGUGGAGGUGGACCCCUGCAGAGAUGCUCAGGCAGCUGCGGAGGGGGCUGUACUCGGCCUCUUCGAAUACGACGAGUUUAAGCGGAAGAAAAAGUUUGUGGUCAAAACUCAGCUACAUGGCAACUCUAACAGUGCCGCUUGGGAAAGAGGAGUUUUAUAUGGAGAAGGACAGAAUCUGGCAAGAAGGCUGAUGGAAUCCCCAGCCAAUCACAUGACCCCAAAGCUCUUUGCUGACACUAUAGAGCAGAAGCUUGCAUCUCUGUCGGACAAGGUCACCAUUUAUAAGAGACCUCAGUCUUGGAUUGAGGAGCAGCAGAUGGGCGCUUUCUUAAGCGUGUCGAGAGGCUCGGAUGAACCUCCGCUCUUUCUGGAACUUCACUACAACGGAAGCCCGGAUACCAGCCAGCCUCCCCUCGUUUUAGUAGGGAAGGGAAUAACGUUUGAUAGCGGUGGAAUCUCCCUGAAACCUUCCUCAAACAUGGACGCCAUGAGAGCGGACAUGGGUGGCGCUGCCACUGUGUGUUCAUCCAUUGUAACUGCCGCUGCCUUGAAGCUUCCUGCCAACAUCGUUGGUCUGGCUCCUCUGUGUGAAAACAUGCCAAGUGGGAAGGCAGCCAAGCCGGGCGAUGUGGUCAGGGCAAAGAACGGCAAGACGAUACAGGUUGACAACACUGACGCAGAGGGCAGGCUGAUACUUGCAGAUGCACUUUGCUACGCUCAUAAAUUUAACCCAAAAGCCAUAGUUAACGCUGCAACCUUAACAGGGGCCAUGGAUGUGGCCUUGGGUUCUGCUGUAACUGGAGUGUUUACCAAUUCUGAUUGGUUAUGGAGUCUGCUACACAAGGCGAGCAUCGUCACCGGAGACAGGGUAUGGCGGAUGCCCCUGUUCCAGCACUACACCCGGCAGGUCACCGAGUCUCAGCUGGCAGACCUCAACAACGUUGGCAAGUACAGCCGGUCGGGGGGAGCCUGCACAGCAGCCGCCUUCCUGAAAGAGUUUGUGACCACGCCACACUGGGCCCACCUGGACAUUGCUGGUGUAAUGUCAAACAAAGACGAAAUUCCGUACCUGCGCAAGGGCAUGUCUGGCAGGCCGACGCGGACGCUGGUGGAGCUCGCGGCUAGCCUGAGUAGCGAAGCUUGACAUGACAAAUAUACGUAUGAUUGUAGGACUUAAUAAUGUUAUUAAAUAUGUACAUAAAUACUGUAUUGACUAAGUGAAAUGUCUUGACAAACAACUGAUGCGGUUUCAGAUUGUCUUUGUUGAUCAAAAAUAAAACUCCGAAACUCA